GUUUCAAUGUGUUCCUUUACUCUAUCUUUAUUGUAGUGUUUUGUAGUAGUGUAGUGUUUUUCAGAGAUGUUGGCUAUCACUACAUAUAUUUAAGUUCAUCGAUUGAUGUUACGCUUGCCGAGUUUGAUGUUCCAGGGAUUGACUGUUGACUGGGAGGUUUGGAGUGGAUGGCUGUCUUUGGCUAUAUAUGUUUGCAGUGAAUUUUUGUUGGCAAGUACUCUAAUGUGGCUAAUAGGAAUAUGGUUGUGCGAAGAGGAUUAGGUGAGGAGCAAAGUCAGUCAACAAUGUGAAGUUGCACUUAUUGAAAUGAAUGUGUCACGCAUGUCAAGGCAUAUUCGUCGAUAAGCAGUGUUGAAAAAAACUUUUAAUACGGUCAGAUAAAAAUAUGGGACAAAUACAUACAGUCUUUCACUGUUGGUUUGAGUCAUGUGGAUAGUGGCACGCUACUUGAUUGGUUCUUCAGGACUCUAGGAAUCAACGGUGAGAGACUGUUGAUAAUAUGAUUUGAAGUUCUUUUGCAGUGUUCAGGUAUUUCCACUCCUUGUUGGCUUUCAUAUUCUGAAAACCUUAACUUAUGUUCAUCUUAGUGCUCAUUAUCCCGCAUAUCUUAGUCCCCUUACAUUCUGUUCUUCCAUUUUUCCGAAGAAUAACAGCUUGAACUAAUGCAUUUUUGUGCAAAUUUCCAUGUUGAUAAUUCAGUCAUACAAGAGAAUGUCAUUGUGUCUUUAAUGUAUCUGCUACCUAUCGUCCUGUUCAGCAAUGGUGUCGCUUAUGCCCGUAUCUUUUCUGAUGUUCUUUAGUUAAUUUUAGGAGUGUGUUAUCAACACCAAAGUUAUAUCAGAUUUGAUUGUAACUUCGCUAUCCAUAAUUGAUGUUGGCAUCUACACGUGUUUUAUGCGAUUAUACGAAAAUAUAACGUAAAAUUUAUGCAAAUUAACUCUGUUAAUGGUGAAAUGUUUAAGUGACCUGCUAUUCUCUGAGAUACUACUUUGACACGUAUGAAUGGUUUCUAUUUAUCUUUGGUUCGAAAACCUUUAUCUCAGGUUGCUGCAUAAACGGGAUUCACAAACAUCGAGUAGUAUUUGGCUUGUGACUUGAUUGUAAAACCGGAAAAGUGCUUACUGAGGCUCAGAAAUGAUUUAUUGACACAGUAACUCCAUUAUGGAUAAGACUUUAUUUUGAUAAAUCACACAGUGUUGUACAGUAAUAUUAACUGUACAACACUGUGAUUUAUCAAAAUAAAAUCUUAUCCAUAAUGGAGUUAUGCUCUAAUACGGUGCCCAAGUUUUAUACUUAUAUCAAUUAUUGACACUUACAUUUUAAGCAUUUGCCCUGUCAAAUUAUGCUGUUAUGAGAUCCUGUUUUGUCGUUCUUUAAACAGAAUGCUUACAGCAUAUUUAAUUAUAAAUAAAAUCUUCGACCCAAGAAUUCUUUUUUUCAAAGAAACGAAACCUUCGGAAUUAUUGGUGUAUGUUGUAGCUGGGAUAGCAUGGACUCACUGACAGUCCUCCUCCAUUCAAAACCCAGUUAUCACUUUCCCUUUUUUUCUGCUAAGAAUUUUAAGCUGAUUGAAUAAAUUUUAUUUCUUUUACGAACAAGGUCUUUUCAUUGGUCAAAUGUUAGUUGAUUUUAAUACCAGAUGUGAUUAAUUAUGGUAUCGUCGAUUCUUUGCAUUCCGUCUUUCCAGACCUAAUUGAGGUGUGAUGAAGAAAACCAAGAGAUCCUUUCCUUUCGUGUUUCACUACUACUUAAUAAAAUAGCAGUCAUUUACAUAAACAUAGUGUAAAUCAAAGUAAUGUUGACAUGCCUCAUUUACAUCUUGGCGUUCAGUGACACUUAAAAUUAAUUUGAGCAUGGGAAUUGUUCUUUGACAACCGCAAUCAGGUAAGGUCAAAUGACUGGUCAUACUAGGGUGUCAGGUCAUUCUUUCUUUCAAUAAGAAUACACCAAUUACGAAUUCACAAAAACCUGUUUUUUUAAAAUCUAAUUUAAUUUGACCACGGUAUUUUCAUGAAGUGUUGUCAGUACUUUAUGAUCCUUAAAAUACAAUAGUUCCCAAAAGAUCUAGGUAAUGUUCUAUUGAUAUCUACUCUCUGUCAAGAAUGUAGGCUUUAUAAAUACUUUAGAAACCACUUCUACUCUUGAAGAUAUGGCUUAUUGCGUGUAACACCACUGGGUCUCGGCAUCGAAUGCCAAUUGUUCUACUUCAGCCUGUGUGACUUUUGACGCAACUGGUGCAUGACUCAUAGGCUGACACGAAAAAAAUCUGUCCCUGGUAUUCGGGUUCUAAUUAAGUGAAUCAGUUUAAUUAGUUAAGUACGUUUCUACAUUUUCUAGCGUUGCUUUUAAUCAUUGCAGUGGUAUUCCGCAUAUUUUCGUGAAAUUAUCUUUCCUUAUCUAUUUAACUUCUUUAAUUUUGUUAGUUGCACAAUCAUAGUGAUCGUAUAAUUUGGGUUUUUUGGUCAGUUCUAAAAUAUACCGUAUUGUAUAUCAUCACCCUGUUUCUAUGACUGUUUCUCUUUCUUUCCAGACUAUUAUUCUUCGUUGUACCAGCUGACACAACUGAGUUGCACUGGUUACCAGCUACAAGUCCUUGGUGGAAAAGUCUCAGUGGUUUGCUAGUUAAUUCGUUGUAAUGUUAUGGCGUAUGAGUCCAUAGUUUUGAAUACAAACGAUGGCAGUGUUUCAGAUGAAAACAUUCAUAUUCUAAAGGAAACUGAUUACCGUGCGUAUCGAACAAGAUGGAUCGUUGUUAUUAUCUUCGCACUACUUAGUUGUAUGAAUGCUUACUUAUGGAUAUCAUUUUCUCCAAUAGCCAAUUACUUCGUCGAGUUUUAUUCAACAAGUUAUCUUAUUCUCAAUCUUGUUUCUCUCGUAUUUCCAUUAAUUACUGUCAUCCUUGGGAUUCCGAUUGCUUACAGUAUAGAUUACCUAGGAAUUCGUCUCAUUAUUUGGGGCACAGCUGCUUGCAAUUUAAUAUGUGGUUGUUUGCGUGCUGUGAGCAGUACGUCACAUUUCAACAUUUCAUCUUCAGUGCGUCUUGCCCUAUUUAUCUUAGGACAAGUAAUAGCAUCUUUUGGUCAACCAUUUUGCUUGUUUUCUACAACAAGUCUUGCAACUAGUUGGUUCCCAGACAAUCAACGUACUACUGGAAACACUAUAGCAUCUCUUGGUAAUGCACUAGGUAUAAUGUUCUGUAAUGCAUUCGCUCCUAAUUAUGUUAAAAAGUCUUCUGAUAUCGUUAGUUUCAAUUACAUCUCUCUCGGAAUAGUUAUUAUUCUGUUCUUACUAUCCAUUACUUUAGUUCGCAGAAGUGAACCUCCUACACCACCUUCUCAUGUUGCUACCUUAGUAAAAGCCAGAUACCGUGCCUCCGAAAAUAGAAACUUUCUCUCAUUAAACUCUUUGCUAAGCUUCAUUAAAAGUUUUAUUCCACUCCUAAAGUUGUAUGGAUUUUGGAUUAUUAUGCUUACUUUUGGUAGCUGUAUCGGAUACUUCACAGUUCUCUCAACUUUUUUACAACAAAUGCUUUGCACUAAAGGUUACUCCAACCAGUUUGCUGGGCUUUGCGGGUUGAUUAUGAUAGGUGCUGGUUUGAUAGCAUCUGGCCCCUUUGCUGUAUUCGUGGACAGGACAGGAUUCCUCAUAGAAACACUAAAGAUUACAUUUAUACUAAGUGUUCUGGGCUGUGUUGGUCUUAGUAUUGUAUUAUGGUUUCCGUAUCAACAAGUUGCCACCACUUUUUGCUUAAUUUGUCUUGGCGGCUUCGGAUUCGCCCAGUAUUCUCUCUCUUUGGAAAUGGCUGCUGAGGCUACUUACCCAGUAUCGGAGUCGGUGACAACCAGUUUACUUAUCAUCUCGUCUCAACUAAUCGCUUUCAUCAUGCUGCCAAUUAUGCAAUUUUCCGCUCCCCCAACAGGAAAUUCAGCAAGCAUAACCUCUACUUGUGGUCCGGACGAAAUGAUUCAGAAUUUCAAUCCACCAAAUAUGGGUCUGGUUGCUUUCUUAGUCCUACUUUCGAUCAUACAGCUUUUCACGCUAAGAUUACCGUACAACCGACGAAAUUAUUUCAGUUCCUUGAAAGAAACUGUUGAGUCUGAAAAUUAUCCCGGUAUGGAUAAUCACGAAAAUCCUGGUGAAUAAUAAUUUGAAUUAUUACUCUCAAGACUUCAUCUUCUGCAUAAAUGCCUCUCUUCUGUUAACUCAUUUGACACACUUUUGGUAUUUCUUUUACCUGAUUUAUUCCUAAUAAGAAUUUACUUUCAUAUUUUUGUACCAGUUUUCACAUACAUUCGUUAUAAAAUGAGUGUUUUUUGUACCUUAUUGAUUACACUCCUAGAUUUUUACUGUUUUAUAUGCAUAAAAUCAUGCCUCAAAUAAAUUCUUAUAUUAUGACAAAACGUGCCUUGUCUAAUUAAGGUGACAUAACUACGAACAACUAAUUGUAUUUCAGAUAUGAUCCAGUAUUGCGGUUCUUAUCGUUAGUUCUGCGUACAAUGAAUUGUCUGACACCUACCACGAGGUUAGUAUAUGAUUAGUCUGUCUAAACGUU